UUUGUUGGUUUUUAGUAACCGAGGUCAUGUUGACACAAAAUCAACAACCUUGUUGAAGUGAUCAAUUUAAGAAGUUUAAGGUCUAUUUUAGACCAAAAAAUAGUUUUAGGACUAAAAGUGAACUCUUAGUAAAAUUGAAGGACGAAAAGUGGACUUUCUUCUUAUAUGGAGUACCUGUUUUUUCCAAUAUACUCCAUGAGAUUUUCCAUGUUUCGGACUUGUUUUGAGCAUUUUCGGACUUUCUAUGCGUGCUUUGGAGUUUGGAGCCCGAGCCUAACCCGGACAUCAUGCCUUGGGCCGGGCUACCCCGAGCCUAUUCUAAAUUCUAAAGAGCUCAAAUCAUCCGAAAAUUCUACGAAGUCUCUUUGGAUCAAAGAAGCGGGGAAAGGGAACAAUGAGUCAAUCAAUGAAGAUCUGCGCGCAUUAGGCACCACCGGCGCCGACACACGGCGCACGAGUAGUAAUCAGAACGCCGAAGGCAACGCUCUAUAUCUGCGUGUCCGUUAACGGUGGUACUUGCCGGCGGCGUGCUGGCGCGCGGGCAAUGCGGCUGCUCACAAGGUGUUCGAUGGAAUGCGGCGGUAAGCUGAAGUCAGUGUUGCGCACGAGUGUGGUCCUCCGCGCGCUCUCGCCGAGCCGGUCUGGUCGGCGCAGCGGCGCAAGACGUAUGCAUUUCUUGCCCGGUCCGGCCUCGGAGGACGAGCGAGAGUACGCCCCGCCGCCGCGUGGCUGGUACCCGGCCGCCUACGGCAGGCUGCUCCGGCUCGCGGGGUCGCUGCGGGGCGUCGAGGUCGCGGACGGCUACCUGCGGCACGCCGCCACGGGGUCCCUCGUCACCGACGCGCACGCCGUCGACCGGAUGGAGCACUUCGAGGCGCUCGCGGGCGAGUUCGCCGCGACCCGGCGCGGGCCGCCGCUCAAGGCGACGGCACUGAGCUCGCUGACCAAGGUGUGCGACGUGCUCGGCGUGUCGGCGCAGCGGAGGAAGAACGUGCGGCUCACCGUGUGCCCGCAGGUGACGCAGCACCACGUCUGGCGCGGCGCGCUCGAGGAGGUGCUCCGGGACCUCCGGGAAGACAUGGGCGCGCUGGAUGCCCCGUCCCCGGCGACCCAGAUGGCCGAACAGAUCGCGUCGGCCUGCGCCAGGUUCUUGUCGGACACCGCCGACGCGGCGACGUCCUCCUCGCCGUCAUGGAUGCGUCCGACGCCGUACAGGAAGCCCGCGCCGGCACGGGCCAAGACGUGGCAAGAAGUGCUGGACAUGUUCACAGACCUGGCAAAGUUCCUCGCGACUGACACGCGGCUGGCCGGACAUGCCCAGAAGGUGGAGGCCAUGAAGGAGGGGCUGUACCAGAUACACGACAUCAUCAUCGAGAGGUCCAUCGCCUUCAAGGAGGCGCGCCACCAGGACUGCCUGGUGCAGAGGAACCUGUCCAAGAACCUGGGCCACUCGUCCCGGGGCCUCUACACGCUGCUGCUCUUCUACCUCUACGGCACAGUCCGGGACAUCGAGGUGAAUAUCGGCAGGAGCCUGUCCGGGAAGGAUGGCAAGAAUGUCACCGUGCACGCAGUGAAAUUCCUCAUCAAUGGGGAUGAACUUGCGGUCCAGAGCGGCAUCAAGCAGCUGAGCCGCGCUCUCGGUGUCUUAAAGUUUGUUUGGGAGGCGGCAAAUACCGACAUUGUGACUACCGAGUACAGUGGCAAAGAUUUCGUCGUCAAGAAAGACAACAGUGUGAAGGGAGUGUUGAAGCUUCAAGGGCAUCUGUGGGGGCUUGGUGUUGAAGAGAAGGCAGUGACAUACAGAGGGAAUGUGUUCCAUGUGCAUCAGAUACGACUGCCCUGAUUUCCCAUAUUCGCAACAUCCUAUGUAAGUCAUCAAGCUUCUCAAGAUUAGCAGAAACCUGUAUUCAUUCAAAAUUGAUCAUACAAGGACACAACAGAUACAGGUAUAACCUGAAAUGCUACUCUCUUUCUUGAACAAAAAUGCUACAGUAUUUCUUUUCACUAGAUCUCGUUGCGUGAAUUUGUACAAGGACGAGGCAACUGUAUCCUGACUCCUGAGGGGAAGAUACAUACAGAAAGGGAGAAAAAGAAAAAAGAGGCCCCUUAGGUUCUAA